AAGCUGAUCGAGGGCAGAAAUACUCAGGAAAGUCUUAUAGAAGGUCUUAUUAGCAGUGAGCCUGAACAAGAUUCACAAGAUGCUAGUAUAACACAAAAAGACGGAUCUGUACAUGGAGAAAUACUUAUUGUUGAUAACGAAAUUGAUCCAGAAGUAACUGAUUUAAUAAACAGUUCUAAUAUGGAAAUGUUAGCUACCUUAGUUCUGAAUGGAGAAGGGUCGAGAUUGAUUGGAAGACGAUCACAAAAUAUAGAGCUUCAAUCAUUUUUAGAAAAUGUACCAAUGUAUAUGGAAAAGAUCAAUCGCGUACAUAUAGCAGCCAAAGAAGGCAAUAUAAGAGAUCUACAAACAGCUUUGGAUAGACGAAAAUUUGCAAUAGCCAGGGACCCCAUAUCACCGAAUGGGGCAACCCCUUUACAUGUAGCAACCGUUUUCGGCAAAACUAAUAUUAUAAAAUAUCUGGGUGGAAGAUUUCCUGAAACUCUUUCCGCUGUAGACUUUGAAGGGAGAACUGCCUUACAUUAUGCUGCAGUAAUACCAGACAACGGCCACUACUUCAACUUACUACAGCAACUUGGUGCUAACGCAAAGGACUUGGAUGAUGUAAUACAAACUUUAAAUAUGUGUAUUUACAAGAAAUUUCCUAUUGUCACAUCAAUGUUUCUUAUUUUACAUUUUAGAAUUCGAUCAGCUGAAGAUUACUUGCAUAAUACAGGUUUACUGCCUUACGAACAAUUGUUAAACGAUUACGACAUAAGUGAAGAUAUAGCUCAGAUUAUGUUGGCUGAUAAAGGUAAGAAUAACGCUGUCAACGGUCAUAUCGACAUUCCAGUAUUUCAUACCGAAGAAGGCAGAUAUCUUGCUAAGUCUCUCGGAGAUCCUUUGAUCAAAGGUCUUACCGAAGUGGCGAACGUAAAGCCCAAAGAUCCCGUCGCGUAUCUUGCAAGUUUUCUACAUAAUUUCCCCGAAAACGAAAAGACCCGGCUGAAUACUCAGGAGUCAAACGUAGUGGUGACAAGUGAAGCGGCGGAAGUGGAGAACGACCAGCCACCUCCACAGGGACCUGAAACUCCGGUACCGCAGAGAAUCCGCAGUGCAGCUCGAACAGCCACGCGGCCACGGCCCAUUGACGUCAUCACGCUGGAGCCCAAGCUAGAAGUCAACCCUGAUGCACCGGAGAUCGCGCAGAGCAGUGCAGAGAGAGAUGAACACGGACAGUCAAUGCUGCACUUCGCAGCGGCGCGGACGCAUGCCAACAACGCGCUAUUCCAGCUGCUCCAGGAGUCUGACGUCAGCCUGGGCUACCGCGAUGAGCUGUACCGCACCGCGAGAGAUGUUUCCAUACAAGCCAACGUGCCAGAGAAUACGGUCGAAAUUGAUAAAUGGGUGCUACAUUUAGCUGCUAGAGGUAAAAGUGACAAAAUAAUGGAGCUGUUGUUGCAAGGCUACGACCAUAUACUGGACAUCGCGGAUGGAGGGGUCAACAUUACUGAAGUGGUCGCACAGCGUGGUGAUACCGAAAUGACCAAUCUUCUAGCUUCGAUACCCGGUUUUGAGGAAUCAAGAGAGACUCUCCAUAGUGCGGUUCGUCGCGGUGACUUAGCCGUCGUUCGUGACAUAGUGUCCGCGGAAGGCGGCAGCACACUAGCCCGCGCUCACAACGCAUUCGGCAGGACGGCGCUACACAUCGCGGUGUUGGCUCAGCAUGAAGACGUAGUCGCCUAUCUAGCUGAUACAUGCCCUGAGUUACUACGCAUCGGGGAUAAUUUGGAACGUACGCCGCUACACUACGCAAUGGGAGUUGAUAAAAUAGAAUCCCUCAGUAGAGUGCUAAUCCGGGCCGGAGCCAAGCGAGUACUAAAGGAUUUGAAGGGACGACAACCAUCGUAUUACUUCAUGAACAAAUCAGAUAUACUAAGACUUAAAGAAGAAGAGGAAGCUUAUUAAUAUUCCUUACAAAUGAAUGUAGUUUUGUAACUUGAAAGGCAGCUAGUUUUUAAACGUGAAGCUGUACU